AUGGCCAGAUUAUAUUGGUCCGGGAAAACAGACCUCGGCAAGGAGUUCCACUCCCUAACCGUCCGCAUAAUGAAAGCGGAAGAACAUCGCUUCGUGCGGAGGAGAAACUUCGACAACAUAAGGGUGAAAGCUCUCGCCGCGCCUGGUCAUCCGUAUUUAUCUCAUUUUACAGGUACUGAGAUAGUAGAAAUAUCAGAAGUUGACAGAGAAGUGAUCAAGGAUAUAAACGAAAUGUAUCAUUCGUUCCCUGAUAUGAUCAAGCAGCUGGACAGCACAUUUGGUGUGCAUGUCGUUUUACAGACAAUAAUGUGCUUUAUAAACAUUGUGCUCUUUGCAUAUUUGAAAAUCGUAGAGGAAUUGAACGAUUCUCCUAAACAUUUUAUGCAACAUCGUAUAAAUUACAUCAUUCUGCACUUCUCACUGUUGAUGGUGAUGAUGGAGACAACCCACGGACUAUUUUGUGAGUGGGCUCGCACCAAAAGCGAGGUAGGGCAGCUGGCGAGCUUGUGCCGCCACCCUCGCGCCGCCGACCAGCUGGCUGCCUUCCAAGCGGGCCUCCGCCUCAGCGACAUGACUUACUCCAUCACAAAACUGCACUCACUUUCCAGAGUUCAGAUAUUGGAAAUAUGCAGUAACGUCGCCGCAUACAUAUUGGUGAUUGUUAGUUUCCGAGGGCAUACAUAA